AUGCCGAAACGCAGGGAGGAGGAGAACCUGCGCGCCCAGGUGCGGGACCUGGAGGAGAAGCUGGAGACGCUGAAGAUCAAGCGGAACGAGGACAAGGCGAAGCUGAAGGAGCUGGAGAAGUUCAAGAUCCAGCUGGAGCAGGUGCAGGAGUGGAAGAGCAAGAUGCAGGAGCAGCAGGCGGACCUCCAGAAGCGCCUGAAGGAGGCCAAGAAGGAAGCCAAGGACGCGCUGGAAGCCAAGGAGCGCUACAUGGAGGAGAUGGCCGACACGGCCGACGCCAUCGAGAUGGCCACGCUGGACAAGGAGAUGGCAGAGGAGCGGGCCGAGUCGCUGCAGCAGGAGGUGGACUCGCUGAAGGAGAAGGUGGAGUACCUCACCAUGGACCUGGAGAUCCUCAAGCAUGAGAUCGAGGAGAAAGGCUCGGACGGAGCGGCCUCCAGUUACCAGGUGAAGCAGCUGGAGGAGCAGAACGCGCGGCUCAAGGAGGCUCUGGUCAGGAUGCGGGACCUGUCCGCCUCGGAGAAGCAGGAGCACGUGAAGCUGCAGAAGCAGAUGGAGAAGAAGAACACGGAGCUGGAGUCCCUGCGCCAGCAGAGGGAGAAGCUGCAGGAGGAGGUGAAGCAGGCGGAGAAGACGGUUGACGAGCUCAAGGAGCAGGUGGACGCAGCCCUGGGCGCUGAAGAGAUGGUGGAGACGCUGACAGAGAGGAACCUGGACCUGGAGGAGAAGGUCCGGGAGCUGCGGGAGACGGUCGGGGACCUGGAAGCCAUGAACGAGAUGAACGACGAGCUGCAGGAGAACGCGCGCGAGACGGAGCUGGAGCUGCGGGAGCA